AUGCUUUCCACGAAUCUCCAUCAGUACCCCUCGGCUUUCAGCCACCUCCCCGCCCCGAACAUGGUCGAACAUCAGCACCAGCAUCACCAUCUCGCCGCCCCGCACAUGGGACAUUCGCCCCUCGACACUCUGGCGCAUACAUCACAAUACGCUGCCCUGCAAUUCCACCAGAACCGCCAUGUAUUACCUAGCGGCAAAUCUCUCGUCAAGAACCAUCGGCUGCCCUACGCCAGUGGCCCUCUAGCGCCUCGCAACCAUCGGGACAUGCUGCAAGAGCGAUCAGGUCGCGCCAAUUCAACGUCUGGACCGUGCGCGCAUUGUAUAGAAUUUGGCUUGACGUGCGAGUACAUUCGUGAGCGCAAGAAACGCGGAAAGGCAUCGCGAAAGGACAUAGCCCAACAGCAAGCUGCCGCCGCCGCUGCUGGGAACAGCGCGCCCAAAUCUGAAGAGUCCAGCACCCCAGAAGCCCCAGAGAAAGUUCCCCAAUCCAAACAGGCAGCCAAGAGUCCAAAGCUCCCUGAAGGCCAAAGAGCUCUUCCAGAACUUCCAAGCCGAUCAGCCAGCAUCGCGACAACCAGGCCAGACAUGGACACGACACCAAUCUACCCAAACAGGACCAUGAGUCUGAGCGCUAUUGACAAUAUCCCAGAAGUCGACAUGCACCAUCAGAUGAGCGAGAGCAUGCACCCUAUGCAGCCCAUGCAGCCACAUCGCAUCCGGACUGACGGACUGCCUAUGCACAACCCCAACCCCAUGGCUGAAUACACAUCCAUGGAAGAGUACCACCGAAACCUCGCGUACCAGUCACCACUUCAAAUGAUGCAGCCAGGAAUGCACCCUGGCGUUUCCUCCCAUGACCGCGGUAUCGAGUAUUCUGAUAGCCCGUACAGCAUGAUGAGCCCGCAAAGCGCACAUGGACAGGUACCAUCCAACCCCUUUAGGAUAGCAGAAGAACAAUCAAACAUGGGCUACAUGGCUCAAUCACCAGUCGGUGCAUCUCCCGGUUGGAUGAUUCCUUCACCCUCGACAACAAUGUACUCAGGCGCACCACACCAAACCCCUUCUCAGCAACUCAGGUACCCCGUCUUGCAGCCGUUAGUCCCACAUAUCGCAAACAUGAUGCCCCUAUCAUUGGCCUGCGACCUACUAGAGCUCUACUUUGAGAGUUCCUCAUCCGCUUUCAUGCAACCUGUCUCCCCAUAUGUACUCGGAUACGUCUUCCGGAAACGAUCAUUCCUUCGAACAAACAGCCCACGCGUGUGCAGCCCAGCACUACUCGCCAGUAUGCUGUGGAUUGGCUGCUUGACGAGCGAGUCACCAUAUUUGUCAUCAUCGCCAUCUGCACGGAGUCAGCUAUCGGAGAGAUUGAUCAACCUGACCAUCAGCCUCCUGAAACCCCUUGUGCAUCAGACACCAGGUGACCCUGACUGUAGUCCUACGGCGUUCGCCAAUGGCGGUAUGGUUAAUGGUGUCACCAUGGGAGCUUUUGGUAUGCCUACACAUGACUCCGAAAUAGGUCUACCGGGAGCACCAGGAGGACUUGACGAUGUAGCCACUUAUAUGCAUCUAGCCAUUGUCAUCUCAGCAAGCGAGUACAAGGCUGCAUCACUCCGUUGGUGGAACGCUGCAUGGUCACUGGCGAGGGAGCUCAAGCUGGGCAAGGAGGUGCCUGUAACACCCCCACCAGAGACAAACGACGACGAUGCACCGGUAGAUGUUGAUGCGGGACACACGGGCAGACGCUAUCCGACUGGCCAAAACACCCCCGUCGACUAUACUGAGGAACAAAGAGAAGAGCGCAGACGUAUAUGGUGGCUCCUGUUCACUGUUGAUCGCCACCUAGCGUUAUGCUACAACCGACCUCUAUCUUUACUCGACGUGGAGUGCUCAGGUCUCAUGCAGCCUCUUGAGGAUAACGUAUGGCAAUCUGGCGAGUUCUUCGAGGUUUCCGCUCAACCGUUUUCAGAUUCCACAUUUCGCCGACGAGGCCCUGCUUUUGAGUGCACCGGACACUCCAUUUUCGGAUUUUUCCUUCCUCUGAUGACUAUACUCGGAGAAAUCACAGACCUAUAUCAUGCUCGUAACCAUCCCCGAUUCGGUACCAAGACCGACUGGGACGAUCAUGCGCGUGAGAUCAGCCAGCAACUGGAUGCCUAUGGUCGAUCCUUGCAAGAGCUUCGGAAUCGCGCCGUCAACGAGGCAAAUGCAGAAGAGCCGGUGCAUCCGGGUACACCUUCGGUUCAGUCUGUGAACUCUACAAUAUCCAGGGCGCAGGAGUCAUUGAUGCAUGCCAAGAUUGUUGAAGCAUAUGGUACACAUCUCAUGCACACAUUGCACAUCUUGCUGAAUGGAAAAUGGGAUCCCAUCUCACUCCUGGACGACAACGACCUUUGGAUAUCCUCGCAAAGCUUCGUUGAAGCCACCGGCCAUGCGGUAUCAGCUGCCGAAGCACUCAAUGAGAUCCUAGAGUACGACCCAGAUCUGAGCUUCAUGCCGUUCUUCUUUGGCAUCUACCUUUUGCAGGGCAGCUUCCUGUUGCUCCUCAUUGCCGACAAGCUGCAAGGAGACGCCAACCCAAACAUUGUGCGAGCAUGUGAAGUCAUUGUCCGUGCGCAUGAAGCCUGCAUCGUCACCCUCAACACGGAAUACCAACGGAACUUCCGAAAGGUGAUGCGUUCAACCCUGCAGCAAGUGCGUGGUCGCGGCAUGGAUGAGCAUGCCGAGCUUGCGCAGCAGCGCCCGCAGGGAAAUGUUGAGCCUCUACCGCUGGACUGGUGA